AUGGCCGAAUACACCAUCAAAAACCGCUUCGAAAUCCGCAAAUUGGGACCCCAACACCUCCCCUGGGCCAAAGCAAUAAUAACCCACAGCAACAUCUUCCACUCCCCAAUCUGGAAAGAGAUAUACCCCUCCCACAAAACCCAACGAGCCUACAAAACCUUCGCAGCAUGCGAUUAUCUAAUAUCGCACCAGAUCAAUUCCGGAUUAUCCUACGGCGUGUUUGAUACGCAAUACAAAUUCAAGCGUGAGACAUCUUCCAAAACUUCGAAAGAAGGAGGAGGAGGAGGAGGAGGGGGCGCGUUGUAUUGGGAUGAGAACGAUGCUUCGGCGACAGGAGAAGAGUUAUUAUCUCAAAUGGAUUUCCCGCUUGUCUCGAUUGCGAUGGCGUUGGAUCAGGCUGAUCCAUUGGAUUUACCCCGUCUGGCUCCAUUGAUAGAUGCCCUCCCAUUCUACGCGGAUGUGCAGCAUCAAAUCGAGAAACUCGAUACGCGUGACCCUGCCACUUGGUCAGCGUCUGCUCCGAAACAGGUCAUGUUACGCAACGGCACGGCUACACGAGCUGAUUAUGAAGGAUUCGGGAUAAUGAAGGAGACGGCCCAUUUCUUGAUGCGGAAAGCUGCGAGCCAGGGAUUUGGAGCGAUUAGUAUUGAGUGCCUUCAUGAUGCUGUUUGUCAUGUUUGGAUGAAUCCGCCCGAGCCGUUUAGGGCGUCCCUUGUUGCGCAGUUUAAUGUUAAUCAGUAUGAGAAGGAGGAUGAGGAGGGGAAGGUGGUGGUGCCGUAUCCGGGGGUGAAUCAGUUGGCGAUGUACAAGAACGACAACGAAACAUCACCUAACUCCUCCGAUAACAAGGACGGCGAUACACCAGCAGCCUUGAUACCACAAGAAACAGAACAAUUCCCAUAG